CAAGAAGAAUGGCUUAAAAUCCCUCUGACCACUGUGCAGGACUUGUAUAUGUCAUUUCCAAGACGAAUUGACGCUGUAUUGGCCGCAAAAGGAGGCCCUACACCAUACUAAUAAAUUAUUGUGGUCUAAAACCAGGUGUUUCAGUUUCAUUGUCCAACCCCUGUAGUUGUGUAAUGAUUGUAACACCGACCUAUGUCAAUAACUUACCAUCAUAUCUUGAUUUUUUUCCUCAGAUUUUUCUAUUUUGUACAUACAUUCUUUUGUAUAUACUGUAUAUGAUGACCUCACUGGGCAGCGACCGGGCCCGGGGCACUCGGGAGAAAGUGCUGCCCACCACCACACAGAUCACACAGCCACAGAAACAGCUUCAGGCUACAGCCGAACAGAUCCGACUCGCUCAGAUGAUUUAUGACAAGAAUGAUGCAGAUUUUGAAGAUAAAGUGAACCAGCUCAUGGAGGUGACUGGAAAGAACCAGGACGAGUGCAUGGUUGCUCUUCAUGACUGUAAUGAGGAUGUCAACAGAGCAAUCAACUUCCUGCUGGAGGGUACCUCUGAUACGACCUCCUGGGAGACGGUAGGAAAGAAAAAGAGCAUAGGAAAGGAUGGCACAUCUUCAGAGAGCAAGGAGAACAAGGAGAACCGGGAGAAGCGAGGCGAGAAAGAAGGCAGUAAGGCUCGUGGUGGAGCGAACCGCAGAGGAAAAGGGGGCAGCCGUAAUCGGCCGGCGCGGGCUGAGGAGAACGGUGUAGACCCGGCAUCGACGGAGAAAGGAGCUGACCGUGGUCGUAGGGGGAAAGCAAGAGUGCCAGGAGGCCGGGGUAGAGGCCGGGCGCCAGGACCCAGCAGGUUCACAGCACAGGGAAUGGGUACAUUUAACCCAGCGGACUACACCGCGGAGAGCAGAACGACCAACUCUCAUGCUGACGUCUGGGAAUCAGGGGCCAAUGACACGUCAGAUGGUACAGUGGCAUGGCGGAGCCCACUAGAGGACUGGGCGGCUGAAGACUGGAGUGAGGACGUGAGCCUCUCCGAGACCAAAGUGUUCAUGGCUUCAUGUGCUCCUCCAGCCGAGAAUCACAUCACACCUGGACAAAGUCUGGACCUGGCAUCUCUGCUGCAGAAGCCUGCAGUCAGGGAGGAGAUCGAUAAUCUCAAACCCCCCUCGUCCCAGGGGCUCGGCCACAGCCUCGUCUUUACCAACUCCCACCACCAGCCAACCCGCAACGGAGGCACCACUACUGGCACUACCAGCUACGCACAUGCCACCCUGAACAGCAUAGUGGUGGGUGCGGUGUUUGCUGUUCUGAAGGCUGUCUUCAUGCUGGGUGAGAGUGUUGGACAACAGAUACUGGAGCAACUGAAGGGACCAGGUCUUGGGCAGAUUACCUCCCAACCUCCCAGCACAGGGGACAACUGUGCACCUGUAGGGACACUGGGGGGUGCGCCACUGUCUGCCCCCUCAUCAACCUGGGGUAUCAAACCUCCUGGAACACAGAGCUCUGUUUCACUGCCCUCUCAAUUCAGUCGGGAGUUUAAGAUGCAACCAGAGCCCUCAUUGGUGCUAAGCCAGCUGAGCCAGAGGCAGCAGAGCUGUCUGAGCAGCACAGGGUCUCUGCCCCUGGCUAGGCAGCCAAGUCCUCCCCCUAAGAACGGCCCCUCGGCCAGCCAGGCUCCACUGGAGGCCUUCUCCAAAGCUCCAGAACCAUCUCAAUCCCCCCUGACCUCUGCUCAGGCUGCAGACUCGCAGUCUAGCAGCACCCAGCACCGCCAGAUAAAGACACAGAAACGAAGGAUACCUCCCACCUCCAAGAUACCAUCCUCUGCAGUGGAGAUGCCAGGCUCGACGGAUGUUUCUGGGCUAAAUGUGCAAUUUGGGGCUCUGGAUUUUGGCUCCGAGUCGCCACUGCCAGACUUCGGCCAGAGCGAGAUCUGCAACAGCGAAGCCACACGAGAGCCUGCUCCUGUUACUCAGACCCAGAACAGCCUCUACUCCAAACCUAUCAGUGAAUCUCUGGCCAGUCCUGUUCCAUUGCUGCUGCCCCUGGCUUCCUCUGACAGUAUCUACCCUCCUCCCUCCGUAUCGCUACCCAGCCUCGCGCCCUCUCUGACCACUCCCAGCUCUGCCUCGGCGCCCGUCUCGUCCUCCUCCUCUUCGUCCUCCUCGACGUCGUCGGUAGCCUCCUCAACUGGAAACAGCUUCGACUGUGCAGUGGCUCCUCACUCUAGACUGUCGUUCUCCCAGAGCAAGGAGUCAUCUGGACCUGUGACAAAUGGUUUUAAUGGUGUCAGGACCUCAGCUGCUUUAGAUUCCACAUCGAGUUCCUCUACCCCAAAGCCAGAAUCUCCUCCCUCUUUAAGCAACAGCACCAGUGUGGCCCCUUCUGCCCCCUUGUCUCUGUUACCUUCAUCAGUUACCUCCCACAGCUCAUCUCUAUCCAGUCUGGCCCCUGAACUGCCGUCUGCCAGCCUCUCAGGCCUCAGCAGCAGUCACGUCGGCAGCGGCCACUCGUCAGUAUCCGCUCUUUGCACCACCUCAUCACUUACGUACACUAAUGUGGACAGUGUGAGCUCUCUGGCUGCAUCAUCGGUAGCAUUCCCCUUGGCGUCAUCUCUGUCCAGUAACAGUGUCAGCAGUGUAGGGAGCAGCAGCCUGCACUCAGCAGUUCUAGGGCUGAGUGGAAAUGGACUCACCGCACCCUCAGCCAUCAGGACUGCACCCCUCCUAUCCUCCUCUACAGGAAAAGCACCUCCUAACUUAUCUCAAGGCGUUCCUCCUCUUCUGCCAAAUCAGUAUAUUAUGGGACCCGGAGGUCUGCUGCCUGCAUACCCGCAAAUCUAUGGCUAUGAGGACCUCCACAUGCUGCAGUCCAGACUACCAAUGGAUUACUAUGGAAUCACAUUCCCAGGGCCGACCGCAACCCUGUCCAGCAGAGAUGGCAGCUUAGCCAAUAAUCCUUACUCAGGUGAAGUUACAAAGUUUGGCAGAGGAGACUCCACCUCGCCGGCGCCCCCUACCCCUCUGUCUGUCGCUCACGCUCCCCAGACGGUGCAGCCUCCGCAGGCACAGAGCCAAGGCCAGAACCAGCCUCAGCCACAAGGUCACCACAGCACCCAGCAAGCUUUCCUCAACCCAACCCUGCCCCCCGGAUACAGUUACACAGGCCUGCCCUAUUACCCGGGCAUGCCCGGUGUACCCAGCGCCUUUCAGUACGGGCCCACGAUGUUCAUGCCAACCGCGUCUGCCAAGCAGCACGGCAUGGGUCUGAGCAAUCCCAACACACCAUUCCAGCAGCCCAGCGGCUAUGGCCAGCACACCUUCAGCUCAGGGUAUGAUGACCUGACACAAGGCCCAGCGGGAGCAGAGUACAGUAAAGGGUACAGUAACAGCUCUCAGUCACAAGCCAAAUCUGCUGCUUCUGGACCAGGAAAAGGUGUCUCGGUGACUUCCAGUAACUCUGGCGUGCCCGACAUCAGUGGAACCGUUUACAAGACGCAGUCCUUUGAUAAACAGGGUUUCCAUGCCGGCACACCACCUCCCUUCAACCUACCCUCUGCUCUUGGAGGGACAGGACCUUUGAACCCCGGUGGCGCGCCUGGUUACGCUCCAGCGCCUUUCCUCCACAUCCUGCCUGCUCACCAGCAGCCCCAUUCUCAGCUGCUGCACCAUCACCUCACCCAGGACGGACAGGUUGGGCCCAACCAGAGGAACCAGAGCAGCAGCAUGCAGCAGAAGACCCAGGUCAAUAAAUCCAGCUACGGCAGCUCCCCUUACUGGGGUAACUAAAAUGUGCAAGAGUGCCUCUGCCCUCCUGAGCAUGCCCUGUUACCAUGGUCAGAGUGGAGGACUACUAUCCACAGCAACAAGCUAAAAGAACACCACACACACACGUUCGCACACACACACACUACCAUCUCUCGUCCCUUAGGUCUCAUUCGCCCCUUUCAAAGUUUUGGCUGUUGUAUGUAAAAUAUAUUUAUGUAUGUAUUUAUACAGUAUAUAUGUAUCGGUAGAAUAUGAAAUGUGGUUAACUGCAUUUUGUUUUGAAGGACGUUUCUGUUGAUUUCAAAACGGCUAAGAAGAUACGAUAAAUGGAAGGUGCAUAUACUUGAACCUGACCCGACAUCACCAUAAUGUGGGAGAUUUCUUUUGUAUACAUAACAUGAACUUAAUAAUGGUGUACAUUAACGCUAAGCAUCAUUUGAUGGUGAAGCCUUUUUUAAACUGUUUUUGUAUGUUUCCACACACCCCAUCAACCUGUGAUAAAUCUAUAUAUAUUUUUUUUUAUUGAAGGGGUUUUUAACUGCUUCAGUUUUCCAUACCCUCUUCAAUUGUGAACCCUCCCCCUCCAUUAAAUGGCUUAAACAUUCGUUUUUUUUAUCUGAAUCAUUUUAACAUUGAUUUUACCCUUGUCGUCUGAAUAAAAUAUCUGACUAUAAA